GGCAUUGAUCAUUGGGGUUGACUGAAGAUGGAAUUACUUCUUGGUAUUCUUAUAUUGGCUUUCUUGCUUUCUUUUGUAUCUGCUGAUUUUCAAGGUGUAAAGGGAAGAUGUUACUCAGCCUGUAAGCUCAAAUGGGAACACAAUAAGAUGCCAGAAGCUUUUCUCGUGCUCACUGUGAAUAUGCAAUUUACCUCCUUACUGUCUAUUAAUUGUUGUCAGUCAGAUUUGAGUUACUGAGGCCUCUAGAGUUGGUUGCUUAUACGUUUUUAAUCAAACUAUAUGACACUUUAUGUCCUCUACUGAAAUAUUACUGGGUUGAGUUUGAGGUUUUUUUGAGAAACUUGGGCUGAUAUUUGCCUAAAUAAUAGUGAUGAUAAGGUCUCAUGUGGUGCAUAACCACAUAUUGAGGAUACUGGAUGAUCUCAUUUCUUUUCAUACUUCUAUUGAUUUUAGAUGCUAAUUCUUUAGGCCUGGGUUGGCCAAGGGGAUAUUUGUUUGCUUACUUGGAUUAUGAAUAUCCAUAUAAUCUGUUUCAGGAGAUGCUUUACAUGCAUUGAGGAGUUCACUCAAUGCUUCAGCCGAUCAGCUGCCAAAUUGGAAUCCAAAUCUAGUUAGCCCUUGCACUUGGUUAAAUGUUAUGUGUGAUUCUAGUCAUAAUGUCAUCUCUGUGACAUUGUCAUCCAUGAACUUGUCUGGCUCCUUGUCACCUAAAAUAGGAGUUCUGAAGACUCUUUCAUCACUUGUAUUGAAAGGAAAUGGUAUAACUGGUGAGAUACCAAAAGAGUUAGGCAAUUUGUCAAGCUUGACAAAAUUGGAUUUGGAAAAUAAUCGGUUGACUGGAGAAAUACCUUCUUCCCUUGGUAAUCUUAAAAAUCUUCAAUUCCUGACACUGAGUGAGAACAAUCUUACUGGAACUGUCCCUCAGUCAAUUUCAGAUCUUCCAAAGUUGAUCAAUCUUCUGCUUGAUUCGAAUGAUCUUAGCGGUCAAGUUCCUAAUGAUUUGUUCCGCAUUCCAAUUUACGAUUUUACAGGAAACAGGCUAAAUUGUGGUGAAAAUUUUCCUCACAGUUGUGUGUCAAAUGGAUAUGAUUCAGGUUCUUUGCGGAAGCCAAAGGUUGGAAUUAUUGUUGGUGGAUUAAUAAUUCUUCUUGUUUUUGGUGGCUUGCUGUUUUUCUUGUACAAGAGUAGACAGCAAGGCUGCAAGGGUGAAGUAUUUGUAGAUGUUGCAGGUGAAGUUGACCAAAAGAUUUCUUUUGGUCAAUUGAAAAGGUUUGCAUGGAGGGAAUUACAGUUGGCUACUGAUAGCUUCAGCGAAAAAAAUAUCCUUGGACAGGGAGGUUUCGGAAAGGUUUAUAAAGGCGUGUUUUCUGAUAACACAAAAGUUGCAGUUAAGAGAUUAACUGAUUUUGAAAGUCCCGGAGGAGAUGCAGCUUUUCAACGAGAAGUUCAGAUGAUAAGUGUAGCUGUUCACAGGAAUCUCUUACGGCUGAUUGGCUUUUGCACAACACCAACAGAGCGCCUUUUGGUCUAUCCAUUUAUGGAGAAUUUAAGUGUGGCCUAUCGUCUCCGGGAACUCAAACCUGGUGAACCUGUUUUAGAUUGGCCUACAAGAAAAAGAAUAGCCCUUGGGGCAGCACGUGGGCUGGAAUACCUUCAUGAACAUUGCAAUCCUAAGAUCAUUCAUCGGGAUGUGAAGGCAGCUAAUGUAUUAUUGGAUGAAGACUUUGAAGCAGUUGUUGGUGACUUUGGCCUUGCAAAGUUGGUGGAUGUGAGGCAGACAAAUGUUACAACUCAAGUUCGCGGAACAAUGGGCCACAUAGCACCUGAGUACUUGUCUACCGGCAAGUCAUCGGAAAAGACAGAUGUCUUUGGUUAUGGGAUUAUGCUUCUAGAGCUUGUAACAGGUCAACGCGCGAUUGAUUUUUCACGCUUGGAAGAAGAAGAUGAUGUUUUGCUGCUUGAUCAUGUGAAGAAGCUGGAAAACGAGAAAAAGCUGAAUGCUAUUGUAGAUCGUAAUCUUAAUAAAAAUUAUAACAUCCAGGAGGUGGGGGCAAUGAUCCAAGUUGCAUUGCUUUGUACCCAAGCUUCACCAGAGGUUCGUCCAGCAAUGUCAGAGGUGGUGAGGAUGCUGGAAGGAGAGGGGCUGGCAGAGAGGUGGGAAGAAUGGCAGCAUGUUGAAGUUACACGUAGGCAAGAGUAUGAAAAACAAAGGAGAUUUCGAUGGGGAGAAGAUUCGUUACAUAACCGGGAUGCAAUGGAGUUAUCUGGUGGAAGAUGAGCUAAAGAAUUCACUUGCGUGUUAAAAGCAUGUAACAUCCUAGCUUGUAUUAGUAGGUUAGCAAAAUCAAUGUUUCAGUUGGUGAGCAGAAUUUUCAUUUGAGCAAUGACAGGAAAAUAGUGAAAAAAAUGCCAUCAUGUUUUUAUACCCCAUGCAUUGCUUGUCUUCUAAGUGUUUUUAUUCAAUAUUUCUUGUAUGUGUUUAUUGUAUCAAAGAGCACACCUAAAGAAAUGGCAUGAUCUUGUAU